AUGCAAAACUUUUCUGCAUGCAUGGAGGGCACGCUCAUAGGUCUAUGGUCCAUCAGAAUCAUCCACAUGCUGGUCUAUCAGACGGCCGGCGAGUGCCACCCCUCAGGUAUACCAGCCUGCCCCCCUCUCAGGUCUACCACCCUGUGCCACUCCACCGGUCUCCUGUUCCACCGUGCUCACAGCUGCAGGUCUACCAACCCG